GCGGUCGGCACCUACCUCCGUCCCCCAUCCCGACCUCACACUUUCCUCACUAGUAACAACUCACUUCCCUAUAUCAUGGACCACGGUGGACAUGGCGGCCAUGACAUGCCCAUGGGGCCUAUGUGCUCGAUGAAUAUGCUCUGGAACACCCAGAUCAUCGACACAUGCAUCGUCUUCCCAAGCUGGCACAUCUCCUCGCACACGCAGUUUGUGCUCUCUUGCAUCGCGGUAGCCGCGCUGGGCGUGUUAUACGAAUAUCUGCGUGCGGUGCAGACGGCGGUAGACGUGAGGGUGGCGCGUGCCCUUGCCGGCAGUAAGGGGAAGACGAGGGCGCGAAGCGGCAGCCGGACGCCCGAUGGUGAGCCGGAGGAGGCGGGCUUGCUCAGCGGGAGACGCGCAAGGCGCGCGAACGAAACACCAGUUCCGCCUGCACCGCGCGCAUUGCGUGCUAUCCUAUACGGUCUCAUUGUCUUCCUCUCCUUCUUCCUCAUGCUGGUAUUCAUGACCUACAACGCCUACCUUAUCCUUGCCGUCGUUGUUGGGGCGGCUCUCGGUCAUUACAUCUUCGGCGGCACCAUGAACGUCGAUGCCAUACUCAACAGCGCCAGCGGUGGCAAGAGCAUGGCUUGCCACUAGCGCAGCAUAACACAUCGAUGUCGCAACGAAUCUCUGGCUGGCUAGAAUCAAAUGUAUGUUGACGCGUUAAUGUUCUGUAAGUACUGACACACAAUGUGAUCCUCGAAUUGCAAAGUCUGCC